AUGGCAUCCUCACUAGAUCGCCAGCAGAUGGGCCCCCAACUAUCGGCUCCCAAGAGGCAUGCUAACCAUCCCGAUCGCUACGAUCAUCCACCCAUGCCGCAUCAUCUACAGCAAGACCCUUACCAGAACGGUCCAGCAGGCUACCCACCAGGUCCUUCCUAUCCUUCCCGCGUCGAUCCAGGUCGUCCUGGCGUACCCAUGCAUCAUCAUCGCCCACCUUCACCUUCUCCCAUGGCUCAUCGCGAUCCUCGUGCCACCAUGGGUCCGCCGGGUCCCAACGGCCCACCCCCGCCGCCUGGCAUGAUGGGCGUUCCACCCAACGACCGGUAUGCCAUGCCUCCUUACCGUCCCAGCCCUGGUCCGCACCCACCAUCCCCACCCUGGCAGAACCAGCAGCUCUACCAGCCUCCUCUUCCCCCAGGCGCAUCCUCGCUACCUCCUCACCUCCAUCAGUCCGCGUUUAACAAUGUCCCUCCUCAGCACCGCGGAUCACCUCACAUGGCUCCACACAUGCCAUUGCCGCCGCCACACCAUGGAGGCGGUCCGCCUCUGGCUCCUCACGCUGGUAUGCCUGCGAGUGCUAUUUCGGAAUCACACGCCAAGCAUCUCGCCUCGCCAGCCUCGGCGAGCCGCAAGUCGCCAAAACCUUCGGGUAAAACCAGCCGAAAGGACAAGAAGGACAAGGAUAUCUCCGCUUCUACUGCAGCGCCCGCUUCCAUGGCAAAGAACGCAAGCACAGAAACUUCUGGCUCCAAGCGCGGAGCCGCCAAGGCUGAAAAAGCCGCCGCAGCCGCCGCCGCCGCCGCCGCCGCCGCCGCAGCAGCAGCAGCAGCAGCCACCUCCGGCAGCACUGUGAGCGCUGCUCCUGCCGCUUCUCAAGCUGCUCUAGAUGCUGCUGGCGCACCUGCUGCGACCGAAAGCAAAAAGGACAAGAAGCGCAAAGAAGUGAUUGACCGCAUCCAUCGCAUCCACUUUGAAACCAUCGAGAACCGCGAGAGUCUGUACCAGGAGCUAUACCACGCGCUCACCUCGUCGUACGCUACACUGCUUUCCAACCCGGCCAGAUCCAGACACUAUACACUCGAACUCACACGCCUCACUCUGCAACGCGAUGCUGCGCUGCGCGAAACGGCUCUGCUACACGCACAUCAGCUCGAAUCGGCGCGACUCGCGUACGAGAACGAAAAGCACAAGGUCGAUGAAGAGGCGCGUCUCGCCAAGCGUGGCGCACGUGAGAAACUGCUCGCUGUCGUAGAGGCGACCAAAAAGCGACUGCAGGAGGACAAGGAAGGAGGCGAUGUCGCCGUGGACGCCUUCUUUGAUAGCGCGCAACGACCUCACACCACGCGCAAGUUGCGCAAUAAGGCGAGCGGAAAACGUGGAGGUGGAGCCGCCGGUGCCAAUGACGACGAUGUCGACGCUUCCAGCGCUGGCGCGCGCAACGGCGUCAAUGGAAACGCGGGCAUGUCGGGAUCAGGCAUUGCCAGUGGAUUGCAGGAGCUCAUUGCGCUAUCUGGCUUUGGACGCGAGGAGGUGGGAGGCGGUGGAGGUCGUCUGGGUCUCACUUCGGCUCUCGAUCUAGGCGGACUCGGAUUGACGUUUGGCGGAGGAGGAGAUUUGCUCUCAGGCGCGGGUAUGGGUGACAGCAGCUACAUGGGUGGCGGCGGACGUAAUUUGAGCGUCAUCGGAGGCGUUAACGGUACGAUUGGUGGCGUCAAAGGCAGUAGCAAGAAGAAAGGCGCCUCGAAAGCAGCCGCUGCAGCUGCUGCCGCCGCAUCUGCUGCUGCAGCUCGCGAAGCGUCUGGGACUGGCGGCGACGAUGACGCCCCCGUGGUGUCCACGACUGGUGGCAGGUUGAGGUGGGAUGCGGGCAAAUCACUCAACCAGCUCACACCGGCCAAGGACUUUGAGAUCGAAUCGGACCUGAUCAACAUACGCAAGACCAACGGCAAGCGCGCUCGUCGCAAAUGA